ACCUCGUCAGUGUGCCCGGGGUGAGGGGGUGGCGGCGACCCCCAGGCUCAGGUGCGUGUGAUCGGGAAGGUGCGUUUCCAGACUUCUGUCUUCAGGGCAUUCGCCACGCCAUCACGUGCUACCCUGGGAAUAAACAACAACAGUAGGCGAUGUUCCUUGACCUCUGACUCUACGUCUAGCACCGCGAUAGACCCUGUUUGCAUUCGCUUGUUCCGUCCCCUCCCCCCGCUAUCAAUCACACCCGUUUUACAAAAGAGGAAACUGAGGCACAGUGAGGUUUAGGGCAUGUGCCCGUGGUCCCACAGCUAGCGAUAUUAGAAUUUAAACCCAGCGUCUGCGUCCUGCCAGGGACCUGCAAACGGAGAAGAAUAAGGCGCGAUGCGGGCCCCGCAAGAAGAACCCGCAUCUGGAGGGGCUGUCGAGCAAGUGCACAGAAAACCCACAGGCACCGCCGGCCCUGGGAGUGAGGCGGGCAAGGGACAGAGCCUCCUGCUUUCUGCGCCUCCCGGCUGGCCCGGCAACCACCGGCGGAUUGAGGACAGCAGGGUGCAAUGGAAGACCUGGACUCGGCUGCAAGUGGGCCAUUGGCGGGCUGUAGACCCGCAGCACAACAUUAAAUUUCCCCAAAUUUCCCGCUGCAGAAGAAUCACCUGGAGAGGCUAACAACACGGAGUCUCGGGUCCCUCCCGCAGACAGUGAGUCACUGGCACUGGGCGGGACCUAGCCAGGUGUUGCUAACAGCCACGUUUGGGGCGUUCUAGGGGUGUGCUCUUUAUGAGAAACGAUUACGUGAGGAAAGAGGUGUGCAAGCGAGGGCGCAUUUUCCGGGCCAAUUUCGAGGCUCACAGCAACCCGUCGCUCAGUGUAGGUCACGUGAGCCGGGUCCUCAGAACCCCACCUCCCCCCACCUCGGUUGGGCUUUGGAAAACCCAGAGGUGCGAGCACCGCCCCGCCCCUUUCCCGCCGGACGACUACAAAUCCCAUCCUGCCCUGCGCUCGCGCACGUUACGCCAGAGCAAGAUGGCCGACACGAUGGCCACUGCGGGGGCUGGCAGCUCCGGAACGAGAUCAGGAGGUAAACAGUCCACUAACCCUGCUGACAAUUACCAUCUGGCACGGAGGCGAACCCUGCAAGUGGUGGUGAGCUCCUUGCUGACAGAGGCAGGGUUUGAGAGUGCUGAGAAAGCGUCCGUGGAAACAUUGACAGAGAUGCUACAGAGCUACAUUUCAGAAAUUGGGAGAAGUGCCAAGUCUUACUGUGAGCACACAGCCAGGACCCAGCCCACGCUGUCAGAUAUUGUGGUCACUCUUGUUGAGAUGGGGUUCAACGUGGACACUCUCCCUGCUUAUGCAAAACGGUCCCAGAGGAUGGUCAUUACUGCCCCUCCAGUGACCAAUCAGCCAGUGACCCCCAAAGCUCUCACUGCGGGGCAGAACCGACCCCACCCGCCGCACAUCCCCAGCCAUUUUCCCGAGUUCCCCGACCCCCACACCUACAUCAAAACCCCGACGUACCGCGAGCCUGUGUCUGACUACCAGGUCCUGCGGGAGAAGGCUGCAUCCCAAAGACGGGACGUGGAGCGGGCACUCACCCGUUUUAUGGCCAAGACAGGCGAGACCCAGAGUCUUUUCAAAGAUGACGUCAGCACGUUUCCAUUGAUUGCUGCCAGACCUUUCACCAUCCCCUACCUGACGGCUCUUCUUCCAUCCGAACUGGAGAUGCAACAAAUGGAAGAGACGGAUUCCUCGGAGCAGGAUGAGCAGACGGACACAGAGAACCUCCCUCUUCAUAUCAGCACGGAUGACUCUGGAGCCGAGAAGGAGAACACCUCUGUCCUGCAGCAGAACUCCUCCUUGACGGGGAGCCGGAACGGGGAGGAGAGCCUCAUCGAUAACCCCUACCUGCGCCCCGUGAAGAAACCCAAGAUCCGCAGGAAGAAAGGUUAAGCUUCCUGCAGCCCCGGGACUAACCCUCACAGCCCUGGAGUUACUGCUUCCUAGAAGGAGAGCAGGGGGGCCCCCACCAGGCAGGCUCCAUGGAUUCCUCUUCUUUCCAGGUCCCUCUCGUGAGCUGAGAAGAAAGCCUGCCUUGUACAGAGAUGCGGACACCACGCUCCUGGGGGAGUUAAAGCCACUGGAGGGAAGCAGAAAGGGGGGCCUCCCGUGGUCCAGCCGAGGCUGCUGGGGUGACUGGGCAUGCUUUUCAUAGCAAACUCUGUGUUAAUAUUUCCCAUUUUCACCGAUGUCUGGGUUGAGGAAGAUACGAUGUGGUGGUAAUAACGAGGCUUUCUUAAUUAGCCAGGCUGGACUGUGGGCGUAGGAGCAGCUGGCGACUUCAUUCAUUAUCACAGGACCUGACUCCUUUGAACCCGAGAGACCAGGAAGGCAGCAGGAAGAGGGGUGCACCUUCUCUGCUUCCCCCAGAGGACUGUUUGCCUGGCGUCCGUUUCAGGCCAUCCGGGUCCCUUUAUUGACUCACAGACAACCUGUAACACCAGUUUCUCACCCUAGAACCUCAGUCUUAUUUCUCUUCUCACCUGGGCUCCAAGCGCCCUGCUGAGAUGACGAAGGUGACUUUGCCUUCCCCCAUGUCCCUCCUUGACCUGGGCCGCAGGAGUCAGGAGGAGAGAGCAGGUGUGUCACGUGGAGGAGGGUGAUGCGUCACAGCGCACCGACUCUCUCA